CCGGGACCCCCGCCCCCCGGGUCAAACGUCUUCGUGCCCGUUGGGCGUUGGCCGUUGGCUUACGACGCACACCAGUGGGCAGUACUCCAGUACUCCUCCACCUCCGGCCCCCACGCGCUUAUAACUUGCUUGCUUGCUUGCCUCGUUUGUGCUCGUUGCUUGCGCUCCCUGCGCACCGACGAGUCGAGAACAGCAGCACAUCAGCGAUGCGGCCAUGGGAGCGCCGGGACCGGGACACGGACGACGGAGAGGAAGACGACGAGGCUGCCUGCUCCAACGCGGGCGCUAACACCAGUAGCGCGAAUGCGAGCACGAGCUCGAGCACCGCUCCUAGUAGCGGUGGGAGGAGGACCGGCGGUGGUGCGGCGGCGGCGGGCGGGUGGGGGAGCAGCCCCGUGUCGGGGGCGACCAUCAACCUCAGCCAGGAGUACACGCUCGCCAUCCAGACCAGCUCCUACAACGAGAUCUGGGGCAAGAUCCACGUGGUCGUGGACGGCCAACGGGUUGACGGCGGCGACCAAGACGAGGACGAGGAGGACAGGAGCACCCUCGCCGGCGUGCUCCGUCCGGAGGACGCGGUGGUGGAGCGCGCGCUCGGGGACGCGCCGGACACGGAGCUCACCCGCCUCGCCGCGGACUACCUCCGCAGCACGCACAACGCGUCGCUGCACUGCCUCGUCCUCCGCCGAGCGCUGCGCCGCGCGCGGGCGCUGUACGGGCCCAUCGCGGAUGUUCUCGCGCUGAUCCCGCACGCCACGCCUCUCGCCGUGCCGCACUGCGACUGCGCGUUUGACGCCUUCCUCCUGUUCGACAAAAUACCCAACCCGUUCCUGCCUCCCGAAGCCAGCUUCCAGGGCAUGCAUCGGAGCUUUGCUGGCCUCAAAACCCAUCUCGACCUCCGCCUCCUCAAGGCCCGACGGAGGCGCCGGCUGUUGCGGUGCGCGACGCGCGGGUCUGGCAUCUGCCUCAUCGGCUGCGCGACGGGGGCGGCGAUCGCUGGCCUCGUCAUCGCCACCCACGCCAUUACGGCGUUGUUGGCCGCGGCUCCUGCCUGCGCAGCGUCGCGUGGUUCCUGCUGCUCAACCCCCGCUUGGAUGAAACGCCUGCAGCAACACAUGGACAGGCUUGACGCCGCGGCCAGGGGCGCCUAUGUACUCAACAAUGACGUUGACACCAUUGAACGGCUGGUGGGCAGGCUCCACGCCACUGUCGAGAGUGACAAGAUCUUGGUAAGGCUAGGGCUUGAGCGUGGGAGGGGGCAGCACCACACCAUCGAAGAGGUGGUGCGGCAGCUCCGGAAGAACCAUCCUAGCCUGCUACGCCAGCUCGCCGACCUCGAGGAGCACAUCUGUCUCUACUUUGCAGCCGUUAACCGUGCAAGGCUGUUCCUUGUGCAUCACCUCAAUGCUCAGUCUGACCCCAAUGCCGAGUUGCCUCUGUAGUGAUUUACUGAUUUAUUAGUCAACAACAGUUUUCAAUUCAAGAAUAGUUUCAUUUUUCAUGUCGGUGACCCCCUUGUAAGGCGCCAAGUGAAUUAAUUAUACUGCAGCAACUCUGCUGCAAUUUUUUUUGUUUCAAGCAAGGUACUAUGCAUUCAUUGUCUAUUGCUUGACAUAUUUUGUUAGCAAAUUUACUCAGUUUAACACUAGUUUUUUAGAUGAAAGGCACUCGGUGCCUGACUUUAACAGUCUUACACGUAGCCAUGUUUUUACUUUCACAAUCAUUACUAUAGUGGGAUAAUAAAUCUAUGAUUCUAAA